CCCCAGUACCCGCCCGGAGUGCAGAAUGCGGUGCCUCGGCGCCGAGAGCCUGGUUUCUGCAGAGAGAGCCCCCAGGCAAAGAGAGUGGAGGCCUCAGACUUAUAGGAAAUGCACAGACACAACGUGGUUGUUCCUGUUCUUUCUCUUUUGGACGGGUUUGAUGUUCAUCAUGGGCUACUCCGUGGUGGCAGGAGCUGAAGGGAGGCUCCUCUUCGGCCACGACAGCUUUGGCAACGUGUGUGGCCAGAAGAACUCCCCAGUGGAAGGGGCCCCUCUUUCAGGGAAGGACAUGACCCUAAAAAAACACGUGUUCUUCAUGAAUUCCUGUCACCUGGAAAUCAGGGAUGGGCGGCUCAGCCCCACUGCCCUCUGCGUGUCCCGCUGCCCCGAAGAGCAGCUCGACACCCUGGAAGAGGUCCAGCUCUUUGCCAACAACAGUGGGUCUUUCCUGUGUGUCUAUAGCCUGAGUUCCAUCAACUACACCCAGAAUCCCAGUGCGGACUCAUUGUGCCCCAGGCUCCCAGUUCCUCCAAGCAAAUCUUUCCCCUUGUUUAACCGAUGCAUCCCUCAAACGCCAGAGUGUUACUCCCUGUUUGCAUCUCUUCUGAUAAACGAUGCCGACACCCUCCAUCGACUUCUCAGCGGAGUCCUGUCAGGAAGAGACACAAUCUUUGGCCUGUGUGUCCUUGCAUUAGCCUUGUCUUUGGCCAUGAUGUUCACCUUCCGAUUUGUCACCAGCCUUCUGAUUCACACUUUGAUUGCACUGGUUAUUUUGGGGUUGUUGUUUGUCUGCGGUGUCCUGUGGUGGCUGUAUUAUGACUACACCACCGACCUCAGCUCAGCACUGGACACAGAAAGGGACAACAUGAUCUGCCUGCUGGGGUUCUCUGUGCUGUCUGUGGUUCUCACGGCUGUUCUACUGGUCCUGAUUUUUAUCCUGAGAAAGAGAAUGAAACUGGCAGUUGAGCUUCUGUGGGUCACAAACAAGGCCAUCAGCAGCUGCCCUUUCCUGCUGUUCCAGCCACUGGGGACAUUCGCCAUCCUCCUCCUCUUCUGGGUGCUCUGGGUGGCUGUGCUCCUGAGCCUGGGCACUGCAGGAGUUGCCCAGGUCACCGACGGCGGCCAAGUGGAGUACAAGCCUCUCUCGGGCAUUCGGUAUAUGUGGGGGUACCACGUAAUGGGCCUCAUCUGGACCAGCGAGUUCCUCCUUGCAUGCCAGCAGAUGACCAUGGCGGGGGCAGUGGUCGCCUGCUACUUCAACAGGAACGAAAACGACCCUCCCAAGCGCCCCAUUCGUUCAUCUCUGUCCACCCUUUUCUGCUACCAUCAAGGGACAGCUGCGAAAGGGUCCUUUCUGAUCGCUGCGAUGAGGCUCCCGAGAGCUGCCCUCGCGUGUGUGUCCAGGGCUCUGGGAGGCGAGCAGCGGAGUGCCUGGUCCAGGUGCCUGCCCAGGUGCUGCUUCUGCUGCCUCUGCUGUCUGGACAAAUGCCUGUGCCGACUCAACCAGAAAGUGUACACGACCACAGCCAUCAACGGGACAGAUUUUUGUACAUCAGCGAAAGAUGCUCUCAGGCUCUUGUCUGAGAAUUCAAGUCACUUCUUAUCUGCGAACUGCCUUGGAGACUUCAUCAUUUUUCUAGGAAAGGUGCUGGUGGCCUGCUGCACGGCUUUCGGAGGACUGAUGGCCUUCAACUACCAGCGCACCCUGCAGGUGUGGGCCGUGCCGCUGCUGCUGGCCACCUUCUUCGCCUACGUGGUGGCACACAGCUUUCUGUCUGUGUUCGAGACUGUGCUGGGUGCACUGUUCCUGUGUUUUGCUGUUGACCUGGAAACAAAUGACGGAUCAUCCCAAAAGCCUUACUUCAUGGACCAAGAGUCUUUGCGUUUUGUCAAAAGGAUGAACAUGUUACAUGGCGCGAGGCCACUGAGAGACAGGAGCCCCGUGAGGAACGAAGAAGGAACAGAACUGCGGCCCCUGUGAGCUCGGCACCCUUAGAGCUUUAAACAAAUCGGAACGUCUUACAUAUCGACUGGCAACCUCAUCUCAGUUCGAGGAGAAGGUGAACAGUUCCCCAUUCUCACGGAGAACCAGGCUGGCUGGCUUGCAGGACAAGCGGGCGGAGCAGGCUCCCGAGACUCUCCUCUAAAGACGGCACGUGGCUUGCAGUUUGCGGUCCGCUUGAACAAAUGCAAGGGGCACUGUUGUCUCAAACAGCACCUUCGGAUUAGCAGAGGGAUUUACAGACCAGUUUCUGGAAACAGUCACAGUGGCCCAAUAAGCAAGU